GUCUUUAUUAAUAGUACGAAUUUUCACAAUCGCUGAGGAGUCUUGAACUUGAGAGCUCAACUCAGUCGCCGGAGCUAAGAGGUAAUAAGAGACGAAUGGCGAAGCCGACGAAGAGACGGGAUCGUGGCGUUGCAUCGAGUUCGGCUGCAGCGCAGAACCGAAAACAGCCCGAUGCAUCCACUGAACAGGACGUGCUGAGUGACUCGACCUCAGAUCGCAAGCUCAUUCUCAUCUUCGUCGUGUUCUUCGUACUUUCCCCUGCCAUCGCCGUUCUUGUGUACCUCAAAUACGCUCCGGUUACGGAGACCCCAAGCUCUUCUGCACGAGGAGGAGGGUUUGUCAAGACUGAUGUGACUUACCAAGAAGUUCUAGCUGAUAACUCUAGGGUCUUCGAGAAUGCCUCCCGACGGAAUUUCGGGAAUCCAGUGCUUGCUUACAUCACCCCAUGGAACUCAAAGGGCUGUGAGAUAGCAAAGCGGUUCAACUCCAAAUUUACCCAUUUGUCACCUGUGUGGUAUGAACUCAAGAGCCAAGGAAGCAGCUUAACCUUGGAUGGGAGACAUAAUGCUGAUGCGGAGUGGAUCUCAGAGCUCAGAACGAAAGGGGAUGCUCUGGUUUUACCUAGAGUUGUUCUGGAAGCACUUCCUACAGAGCUGCUUAGGAAGAAGAAGCAGAGGGCCAAAGCUAUUCAGCUGAUAGUAACAGAGUGCGAGGAAAUGGGUUAUGAUGGCAUUGUGCUGGAAUCCUGGUCAAGGUGGGCUGCUUAUGGGAUCUUACAUGAUCCAGAUUUGCGGACUAUGGCACUCCAAUUCAUACAGGAACUUGGACGUGCACUUCAUUCUGCCAGCUUGGAAAGGAAUGUGGGGCAAAAAUUGCAGUUGGUCUAUGUAAUAGGUCCCCCACGUUCAAAAGAGCUAGAAAUGCAUGACUUCGGGCCAGCAGAUCUUCAAAGCUUGGACGGUGCUGUAGAUGGCUUUUCUCUUAUGACCUAUGACUUCUCAGGCCCUAAUAAUCCAGGUCCUAAUGCCCCUUUGAAGUGGAUUCAUUCCGUAAUGCGGCUGCUUCUAGGUAGUGGUGGGGAUAAAGGACUUGCCCACAAAGUAUUUGUUGGCCUCAACUUCUAUGGAAAUGAUUUUGACCUUUCCGGAGGUGGUGGAGCAAUUACCGGAGCAGAUUACUUGUCUUUGCUGGAAAAGCACAGUCCUUUACUGCGGUGGGAAAACAAUAGCGAGGAGCACUUCUUCGCGUACACUGAUCAAAACAAUGCCAAGCAUGCGGUUUUUUACCCAUCAUUGAUGUCAAUAUUCCUCCGCCUUGAGGAAGCACGUUAUUGGGGAGGUGGCAUCUCAAUUUGGGAACUAGGGCAAGGUCUUGAUUACUUCUAUGAUCUUCUUUAAAACCUUGGCUUCACGGUGUUCUAUCCUGAUUCUUGGAAGGUAUAGGAAUUGUCUUUUUUCAGUCGAAUAUCUGGUCUUGUAAUUUGCAGAGGUAACAGCUCACAACCACGAUAUUGCAAUCUGAAAGGCACAAAUACAGGGAAGAGCUGUGACAGAAUCAUCAAUCUCAACGUGCGAGCUCGUAUUGUUACAAUGGCUUAAGAUUGAGUUCCCCUUAGUCCAGUAAUCUUCUUUCCUCAUAAAAUUUUCCCGUGACU